AUGUUAAAAAUUACUGUUGAUACAUCAAUAUUACCAAAAAAUAUUUUUUCACUUCACGAUCAACACUUUUAUGAUAUUAUUAUUCAAGUUACUGGAAGUGAAGGUAUUGUUGACUUGUUAAAGGCUCAAAGUAUUAACAACAUCAGUGCAUUUCUUCUAACAUCUGAUAUAUUUGAAAUAUUAACCUGGGAUGCCGAUGAAUUUAUUGAUUUACAGAAACGAUGUUCUAUAGAAUUACGAAAUAAUACAUUUAUGAUUCGACCUGGUUUAAAAGCAAAUAUAGAAUAUUUACGUGAAUUAUUUACAAAAAAAAAUGAAGAAUAUGCAAAAGAAUUAAAACAUAAACAACAGCAACAACAACACAGAUUUUCUCUUUCACCAAUAACUACAGAUCUUUCAUUAACAAGUACAAGUACUAUUGAUACAAGUAACAAUUCUAACUCAUUUUCUACACCUACAACUAAUUUUUCUGCUCCUCUGACAACAACAACAACAACUAGUGAUGAUCCAAAACAGAUCAUAAUAAAUACAAUUGAAAAAUGGAGUAUUGAAAAUGUUGAAUUUUUUGAUAAUAACGAUUUUGUCUUGACAGAAGGUGUUCAUUAUGAUUUGAUUAUACUAAAUAUGAAUGAUGUAUUUAUUCAAUGUAAGUGCAAUGAAAAAGAUAACCAAAAAUGCACAUUAAUGAGAAAACUUAGAGGUUUGAAAAUUAAUGAUGAACAACAAGAACAAAUAAAUGACGAUUCAAAUACUUCAACUACAGCAAGGUUGCCUUUCUUGUCUUCGCAACCUCUAUAUCAACAACCUUUAACAGAAACAGUAGCAGUAGCUACUUUUUUGAAUGAUUCAACAAAUAAACCAACAGCAAAACCAAAAAAGGGAAAAAGAAAUAACAAACGUUUGGCAGAAAAUUAUGUCGAUAAUUCUUAUGAAACUAAGAGAACUAAAAUUUAA